AUGGCCAUCCACCCGAGUUUGCCCUCGCAGCCCUCUCAAUCGGGCCACUUGACGCCGCAGCAAGCACACGCCAUCUCCCGCUGGACGGAGGAAGCGACAGCCUCGCUGCAGAAUUUGGAUAUCUCCGCUUCGGGACCCGACGCGAAUGCUCCGGAAGAAUCUGGAACGCCAAUUCGCGGCACCUCUGUGCCUCUGACCAUCCCUCUCGAUGACCCGAUCUACCAGACGGAUGACACCUUUAAUUCCCGCGUGAAGAUUGUCAAAGACCGCCCGGACACGGAGACUCACCGGGUCUCGUCCAUCACCUAUCGGCGUCGUGAGCCAAUCCGUCGAGAUAGCUUGAAAAGGCGCGAGGCACUGCUGAAAGGAAAAGAGGGCAGUCGACGGAGACAGCGCUGGGAGAACGCACACUGCGCAACAUCAAUCCUGCUCAGUUGGAAGUAUCAUACUGACCAAAGACACAAUGAAGACCGUCUCUUGAACAACCCCUGGGCCCAGCCACCAUCGGCCAGUGACUGGCUGAUCCAGCCCACUUAUCCCCGGCACGAUACCGUCCCGUAUUACCUAGCGACCCUUUGGGAUGCGCAUUACGCGCACAAGGAACAUGGAAAAGGAUCAAGAGCUGCGAGGGCAAACAAGAGCAAGGAGGAUGAGAAGCAUCAGGUCCCCAAAGAUCUCCGCAAGACGCUCAAGCAUGCGCGUGCAGCCCGGGGACUGCUCCAGGAUCUGGAGGAGGACAUCCGGCGUUUUGUCAAGCAAUGGAGUGAGAAGCAAUUGAUUCUCCGGGAAGAAGGUCUGGAGGAUGCUCCGACGAGCUCCGACAGCGCUGACUCAGAGGAUGAGAUUGUCUUCGUGGGUCGCAACGGGCAGAUGCAUGACUCUCCCGAGCGGCGGAGGCGGCUAAGACGGAUGAAAGAGGAGAUGAACUCUCGUCACGAGAGGGAUGGCGAAAAGAUGGUCUUUGAGAGUCUUGCCAACGAUCGGGGAGCUGUUUUUGGGCGCUGGCUUGUCCAUUCGAUCGCUACUUACUAUGGUCUGUACACUUGGUCGGUGACAGUCGGUGAUCCCCCUCGACGGCAGGCCUAUGUCGGAUUCAACCCGCCCUCGCUACGCGGGCGAGAGGGACAGAUUUCGUUCCCACCGGGCUCAACCAUGAACUGCCGUGGCACGACGAAGAUUAAGCCCGGCGACCCGCUCCCGAAACCUCUCUGGAUGCAGCUCUAA